ACUGUGGCUAGCGGUCACUGAAGGAUGACAGGCUGAGCUGUGUUCUGAGGAGGGGGAUCGCCCCGAGGCAUGGGCCGAGGGUCACACAACAGGGUACAUCGGAUUCCCUUGAGGAAAGAGUCAGGCAGACCCCGAAAGGGCUCCGAUGGUCCGGAUGGUUCUGCCAGGUUCUCGGCUGGACCGGGUUGGUGGCCUGAAUGUAUUAGCUUUGCUCUGUCUGCCCAAGAGAAAUAAGAAUGUCUAAGCCCCUGGAGGCCGAGAAGCAAAGUCUGGACUCCCCGUCAGAGCACACAGACACCGAAAGAAAUGGACCCGACAUUAACCAUCAGAACCCCCAGAAUAAAGCGUCCCCAUUCUCUGUGUCCCCAACUGGCCCCAGCACCAAGGUGGGCAUUCUCUCUGGCCUCCACUUAACAUUCUGGGGUCCCGGACCCUGCCUCUCUCCUCCCCAGAUCAAGGCUGAAGACCCCAGUGGCGAUUCAGCCCCAGCAGCACCCCCGCCCCCCCAGCCGGCUCAGCCUCAUCUGCCCCAGGCCCAACUCAUGCUGACGGGCAGCCAGCUAGCUGGGCUCUCAGCACUGAUACCUGCUCAGCAGCAACUCCUCCUUCAGCAAGCUCAGGCCCAGCUGCUGGCCGCUGCCGUCCAGCAGUCCAGCGCCGCUGCCGCCAACGCUGCUGCUGCCGCCGCUGCCGCCUCCACCUCCUCCUCCACCUCUUCCGCCUCCUCCUCCACCUCGCAGACCCCAGCCUCCUCUGGGGGAGGCGACCUGCCACCAUCACAGCCUACCAGCCAGCCCCCAGGGACCCCACAGCUCACCUUGUCCCAACCCAUCCAGCUCACAGCACAGGACAUACAGCAACUCCUCCAGCUCCAGCAGCUGGUGCUUGUCCCCGGCCACCACCUCCAGCCACCUGCUCAGUUCCUGCUGCCACAGGCACAGCAGAGUCAGCCAGGCCUGCUACCAACGCCAAAUCUAUUCCAGCUACCUCAACAAACCCAGGGAGCUCUCCUGACCUCCCAGCCCCGGGCUGGGCUUCCUACACAGCCCCCGAAAUGCUUGGAGCCGCCCUCCCACCCGGAGGAGCCCAGCGAUCUGGAGGAGCUGGAACAGUUUGCUCGCACCUUCAAGCAACGCCGCAUCAAGCUGGGCUUCACACAGGGUGAUGUGGGCCUGGCCAUGGGCAAGCUCUAUGGCAACGACUUCAGCCAAACGACCAUUUCCCGCUUCGAGGCCCUCAACCUGAGCUUCAAGAACAUGUGUAAACUCAAGCCCCUCCUGGAGAAGUGGCUCAACGACGCAGAGACUAUGUCUGUGGAUUCAAGCCUACCCAGCCCAAACCAGCUGAGCAGCCCCAGCCUGGGUUUCGACGGGCUGCCGGGGCGGAGACGCAAGAAGAGGACCAGCAUCGAGACGAAUGUCCGCUUCGCCUUAGAGAAGAGUUUCCUAGCGAACCAGAAGCCUACCUCAGAGGAGAUCCUGCUGAUCGCAGAGCAGCUGCACAUGGAGAAGGAAGUGAUCCGCGUCUGGUUCUGCAACCGGCGCCAGAAGGAGAAACGCAUCAACCCUUGCAGUGCGGCCCCCAUGCUGCCCAGCCCGGGAAAGCCGACCAGCUACAGCCCUCACCUGGUCACACCCCAAGGGGGCGCAGGGACCUUACCAUUGUCCCAAGCUUCUAGCAGUCUGAGCACAACAGUUACUACCUUAUCCUCAGCUGUGGGGACGCUCCAUCCCAGCCGGACAGCAGGAGGGGGUGGGGGUGGGGGCGGAGCUGCGCCCCCCCUCAAUUCCAUCCCCUCUGUCACUCCCCCACCCCCGGCCACCACCAACAGCACAAACCCGAGCCCUCAAGGCAGCCACUCGGCUAUUGGCUUGUCGGGCCUGAACCCCAGCGCGGGAAGCACAAUGGUGGGGUUGAGCUCUGGGCUGAGUCCAGCCCUCAUGAGCAACAACCCUUUGGCCACUAUCCAAGCCCUGGCCUCUGGUGGAACCCUGCCCCUUACCAGCCUUGAUGGCAGCGGGAACCUGGUGCUGGGGGCAGCCGGUGCGGCCCCAGGGAGUCCCAGCUUAGUAACCUCGCCUCUCUUCUUGAACCACACCGGUCUGCCGCUGCUCAGUGCCCCACCAGGCGUGGGCCUGGUCUCAGCGGCGGCUGCAGCCGUAGCAGCAUCCAUCUCCAGCAAGUCUCCUGGCCUCUCCUCGUCUUCUUCAUCCUCAUCAUCCUCCACGUGCAGUGAUGUGGCAGCACAGACCCCUGGAGGCCCCGGAGGACCCGAGGCGGGGUCCAAGGCUGAGUGAGAGCCGGCCAUGCCUCCCCUCCUACUCCUCUGAAUCUCCCGACCUUGGUCCCCUGCCCAAGAGAGGGUAAGGAGGCUGGUGGGGGAUACGGUGGGUCCUUGGAGCAGGAGUGACAAAGGAGGAAAAGACCAAAAAUCCAACCAAAAAGAAAAGAAAAGAAAAAACGACAAAACAAAAAAAAUAAAUAAAUAAACAAAAAAACAAAGAGACCAACCAACAAAAAAGAAAACCAAAAAUAUUCACAACAGAAACCAGCUGCCCUAAAGGAAACAGAUGGAAAACAAAGAAACGAACAACUACAACAAAACAACAACAACAACAACAAAAAACACCUCCAAACUAACCAAACACCCCCACCCCCAAACCAAACAAACCAAAAACCAGUCUUGAGCCAGAUCUUGGAGUGCUCACUGCUAUGACACCAAAUAAGAACCUUCAGCCAGGAGCGGAGCAGCCUCCAGCAGGUCGGACCUCAUGCCGCGGAGCCCUGGCUGUGGGACCAACUCCUAACCUUACCCCACUGAGGGUGGGCAGAGAAGGAACCAGAGAAUGUGCCAGCUUGCUGGCCCAGCCCCAGCUCUGGGCCAAUGGAGACAGGUACUGCCUGGGGCAGGAGGCCCAGGGCCCAGAGCCACCUACCAAAUGGUCUUUUCCACAAGGUAAAAGAGAAAGGACCCGAACAACCUUACACCAAAUACUCAGUAGCUUCAUCCAAAGGAUGUACAGAGUUUUCAGCGUUGCGCUCAACAGAAUGUGUGUCCCUUCUACGUGUUUCCUCCCCCCCCAGCCCCCCAGCUCUCCCCAACAGGGCAGGGGGUCUCGCUUUAACCCCUCCCCCCGCCACCCCCAGUCUGGGGAGAGUUCAGAGGAAGGCCUGGGAAUGGGCUUUUUUGUCCUCUGCCCCUUUCUUUCUCCCUUUGAAGGGUGGGCUAGGCCAUUUUUUGCCGAGUUCCAGCUCUCAAAAGCCCCUCCUGAGCUCCCCCAUCACCUUUCUGCUCUGGAGUCUACCUCCUCCCCAGACUGUGGGAAGGUGGUCGGUUCAAGCAAAGGGGGAUACAGUGAGGGCAACCAAGUUGUCUUUCUUCCCAUCCUGUCUGUCAGUUUCCCUGAAAAAAAAAAUCAUAUUCCAGUGCCUAUCCGUGGGAUCUUCACGUUCUUUGACAUUAACCAGAAACCAAAAAGAUUAACUCGCCUCGCUCUGCCCACCCUACACCCCCUAUGAUACUGGCAGAUACCUCUCCUGUCCCCUUCCCUCCCCACCUUCCAAUGCACACACGCACACACCCCAGUGGUGGGCUCCUCCGGAUGGCAUCUCCAUCAGAACCACAUGGUGGUGACAUCACUAUGACCUGUGGUUCCCCAUGCAAGUGGCUACCACUCCCACGAGACCUCCACGAGUAUUGGCUGGACCCUGUAUUUGCCUAGCUCUGGACAAAUCUCAACAGUGGACAGAGGAGAUGCUACUGGGAGCCACCAUGCCCUCCUACCAUGGAGGCCAACAAAGUUUUGAACCAAAAAAAAAAAACCAAACCAAACAAACAAACACACACAAAACCCAACAAAAAACAAAAACAGAAAACCAAACAAACAAUAAAUUAAAACUAGAAAAAAGAAUUUAUAGAUAUAUAUAUAGAUAUAUAUAUAUAUGGGAAAGAAGAUGUGGACUCUUCAAGACAAGAAUGAGCCGCAAGAUGGAGCCAAGCCCUGCAGGGUGAUCCAGGCCUUUGGUUGCCGGGGCGGAUGGAACGAUGGACGCUUCUUUCUCUUCACAAAUACCUCAUGGACGUCGUCUUCGGAAAGCCGGAGGGGGGUGCGGCUGGGGCAGGGCCUGUCCCUCAGCCAGGGUGGAUGGAAGCGGGUGGGUGGGGCUGAGAAAGGGUGUCAGGGACAUGGGUGAAAGAGACCCCAAGCUCCCUCCCUGCCAAUCAACCGAAAAAGCUUUAAAAGAAAAAAAAAAGGAGAAGCAAAAAGAAUGGACGAAGGAAAACCAA